UAGCUUCCAUACCACAGGAGAACAACAGUCUAAAGCUGUUUUUCUCUCCUUCUCUCUCCUUGGUCCUCACUUCUCAAAAUGCAAACCUCCCUCCUCACUCCCCAGGGUGCUUCUGCCUCCACCCCCUGCCAGGAGCACCCCUCCAGCCCUGCUGUCUCAUCCACAGGUGGAACCCGCUCCUGCUCUACUGAUCAUGGUCAACAAGACCUUAAACUACUGGGGUCCCAGUUUUGAGGAGGACGUUAUCAACAUCAACGUGGGCGGUCUGAGGCAGCGGCUCAGCUCCAGCGCGCUCUCCAAGUUCCCCGACACGCGCCUGGGCCGGCUGCUCUCCUGCGACUCGGAGGAGUCCAUCCUGCAGCUCUGCGAUGACUACGACGUGAGUGCCAGGGAGUUCUACUUCGACAGAAACCCCGGCUUCUUCCUCUACGUCCUCCACUUCUACCAGACGGGCAAGCUGCACGUCAUGGAGGAGCUGUGCGUCUUCUCCUUCUGCCAGGAGAUCGAGUACUGGGGCAUCAACGAAUUCUUCCUGGAUUCCUGCUGCAGCUACCGCUACCACGAGCGCAAGCUGGAGAGCCGGCACCACAACUGGGAUGAGGAGAGCGAGGUGAGCAGCGUGGACACGUCCCCUGAUGAGAUCUCUGACAUCAACCACGACCUGCUGCGCUACAGCACCCUGCGCUGCGGCAACCUGCGCAAGCGCCUCUGGCUCACCAUGGAGAACCCCGGCUACUCCAUCCCCAGCAAGCUCUUCAGCUUCGUGUCCAUCAGCGUGGUGCUGGUGUCCAUAGCCACCAUGUGCAUCCACAGCAUGCCCGAGUACCAGGAGGUGGAUGAGAAUGGCAACGUGCUCGAUGAACCCAUCCUGCACAAGCUGGAGUAUUUCUGCAUCUCCUGGUUCACCUUUGAAGUAUCUUCCCGCCUCCUGCUCUCGCCCAACCCCAGGAAGUUCUUCAAGCACCCAUUGAACCUGAUUGACAUUGUCUCAGUGUUGCCCUUCUACUUCACCCUCCUGGUGGACGUGACCAUGGGCAGUGACUCGGAGCUGGGCAACCUGGGCAAGGUGGUGCAGGUGUUUCGGCUCAUGAGGAUAUUCCGGGUGCUGAAGCUGGCUCGGCACUCCACUGGACUGAGGUCACUGGGGGCCACCUUGAAGCACAGCUACAGGGAGGUGGGGAUCCUGCUGCUCUACCUGGCUGUGGGGGUCUCUGUCUUCUCUGGCGUGGCCUACACUGCUGAGAAGGAGGAAGACGUCGGCUUCGACACCAUCCCAGCGUGCUGGUGGUGGGGCACGGUCAGCAUGACCACCGUGGGCUACGGGGACGUGGUGCCCGUCACCGUGGCAGGGAAGCUGGCGGCCUCGGGCUGCAUCCUGGGGGGCAUCCUGGUCGUGGCACUGCCCAUCACCAUCAUCUUCAACAAGUUCUCCCAUUUCUACCGCAAGCAGAAGGCGCUGGAGGCGGCCGUGAGGAACAGCGGCAAGAAGGAGCCCGAGGAGGGCGGGAGCACCUCCAGCCGCGACCGCGACUCCGAGGCUCUGAGCGAGACCUCCCUGGACAGGGGCAGCCCCGACCGCCGUGGUCUGACCCCCGGUGCCCACCCCAGCCCCUGAGCCCUUGCUCUGCAGCCCUGGGGCACGUGGGACCUGCUGGGACCCACCUGGGGCACCUGGGACCCGCUGGGACCCACCUGGGGCACCUGGGACCUGCUCAAGGUGAGCACGGUGCCGGGACACGGCGGAGGCGCCACGGCUGGCAUCACCCUGUGAAGGACAGGAGGGCUUGGAGGAGAUGCCCAGGGGGUGUUGGCUGCUUCCAGACCCUGUGCCUGCCUGGAUGUGUCUCAGCCUUCACCUUGCUCACCUGUGGCUGCAAAGGGAGGUUGUGGUGCUGGAUAUGCCCCUGCCAGAAAGGGAGGCAGAAAAUAAGAAAUACAAGUGACCCCUGAUCAGGCACUGCUUCAGGUGUAUGGAGAGGGAUUUUCCUCUGCCCUCACGUUUUGUGUUGUCCAGGGUGAGGUUAAAUAGCUCAAGGAUGGAUGAGGCAACCCUCACCAGGCUGGCAGCCCUUACAGAUCCUGGGCCAUGUCAACUCCAGCCCCAGCCUUGUCCUACCCCCAGCAGGAAACAGGCUCAAAAGGCUCAACUGCCCCUCCAGCCAGAAGGGAAAGGGGUCUGGGAAUGAGCCUGUGUGGGAGGAGAGGUAGUGUCCAGCUCAGGGUGAGCCCCAUGGGAGUGGGAUUGACUGAACCCCACCUUCUUUCCCUUGCUGGGAUUUAUCUGCUCUCCUGCACUGCCACUGCGGGGACCCGCAGGGGUCUGGGGCUGUGCUGGGAGUGUGGCACAGCUGGGAUCACUGCCCACACAUGGGGGAGGGACACUGCCCACACACCUGGGGAUGGCCAGGAUGGCAGAAGGAACACUGUCCUCAGGCAGCAGCCGUCAAAGGGGUCAGGCUGCGGGAACUGAGGAGCCAAUUCCAGUGGGGCUGUCCCCCAAGUCCUGGUCUCCCUCACCACAGCCCCUAGCCUGGCUUUAUCCUGCCUCUUCCCUCCCUGUCUCAGGGCCAGGCAGGGCCAGGAGGGCUGUAAAGAGGGGGUCCCACUGUCCCAGGUGUCCUCACAGGGAGCUGAGCUCCCUGAGGGCCGCUGCACUCACCUUCCCCCUGCAGGGAGAGAGCUGGGGCAGAGGGGACCUUGCACUGCUUUUGUCACCACAGCCUCUGAGCACCUCACAGCCAGGCAGGGAGGUCGGCCUGGAGCACAAACCCCUUCCUGCCUGGAACCCCAGCCCACCUGAGCACCUUCAGGGCACAGCAUUAAUUCCCUACAGAGCUUUUCCUCGCCCUCCCACCCCGUUCUCUGUUUGGAAAUUGAGCAGCUCUGUUGCACACAGAAGAGUGCACCCAGCAAUGCCUGUUUUGAGCAGGAGAAACGUGCAUCCCACAAUCCCAAACCACCUCAAACACACUUCAAAGGCUUCAGGAUGACCCCAGGUACCUGGACCAUGGCUUUGCUGCUGCUUGUCCUGGCUGGGUUUCAGCACAGCUGUAGUUGCUGGUGCUAGCUCUGCCUGUAGCCAUCUGCUGGACACAGGCAAGGAAAGCCAACACUGCUGCAGGUCUGGCCUUUCCAAGCCCAGUGGGACUCAGGGAGGGUCCCCAAGGAGUGGUGGUGUGGGAUGGGAGGGUGCUCACGCUUCUGGCAUCAUCAAGUCUUCCAGUACCAACUCCAUGGUCAGCUCUGUGCUUAUUCCUGCUGGGAGCUGGGACUGGAGAGCAGCACCCUCUGCUCCAACCAGCUCCUGCUGCACUGUUACUUGAAUACAGGAAGGACUUUCCCCUUCUCAACAUAAAUAUUCCAGUAGCAAAAUGUAUUCAAAUGUGAAGAGUAAAUUAUAUCUAUUAAUGAAAAAGAAUUAUGCAAAUAAUUAGGAGCAUGUAAAUUAAUUUUCUAUCUAUGCAUGGGAUGCAUACUGUAUAUUUUAUUAAAGACCUCAAUGACCUGC